ACUCCCCAUUUUCACAAUCCGUUAUUGAAUGCAGUAGUUGCGCCCCCUGCUGGAAAGAGUUAAAUCCUAUAUAAAUACAAGCCGUGUAGAAAUUGGUUAGUUUGAGCAAAUCUUUGAGGGUUGCGGUCAAUCAAAAGGCAGGAAGUUCCUGGAGGAUUUAUGAUAAUAAAGAGCUAACCACGCCCCUUUAGCGCGUGAAACAAAAGGUCCAGUGGACUCACGAUAAGCUAUCUGCUAGCUCCGGUUAGCCUGUCUCUGCACCCGAAAGGGAGAGGAUGGAAACUCUGAAAGACUUGGUAAGGGGAGUGAAGGUGGACAGCCAGGCAGCGGUUCUGUUGACCUCUGCUGCCUGCGGGGUGGGUGCCCUGCUAAUGGUGAUGCGCACCGUUAGCGAGCACCAAACAGUGAACGACAAGAUCCAAAGAGCCAGGAGCAGGAGGACCGAGAACCUGCAGCGAGCUGAGCAGGAGGUGCUCCGGUACAAACAGUCGCAUCCAUCCUGUGACUCUGGCGCCAUACUGUCACUGUCGUUGUCUGAGUUGACAAAGCAGCUGCGGGAAGGUUCACUGUGCCCGGAGGAUGUGUUUUACUCCUACAUGCAAAAGGCUCUGGCUGUGCACAAGGAGCUGAACUGCUGCACAGAAAUUUUGCUGGAGAGUUUCGACCAGCUGAGAACAAUUGGCUCCAACAAGGACGGGCUGCUGUAUGGCGUUCCUAUCAGCAUCAAAGACAAUGUUUCAUAUAAGAACUACGACUGCACGUGUGGCAUAAUCAUGAAUCUGAGCCAGCCAGCCAAGAAGGAUAGUGUGAUUGUGGAAGUACUGAAGAAACAAGGAGCCAUUCCUUUCACAAAAACCAACCUGCCACAAGCACUAUUAAAUUACGAUUGCAGUAACCCCAUCUUUGGCCAGACGGUCAACCCCUGCAAUCCCCAGAAGACCUCUGGAGGCUCCUCUGGUGGGGAGGGGGCGCUGAUUGGUGGAGGGGGCUCCAUUCUUGGCAUUGGCAGUGACAUAGGGGGGAGCAUCCGCAUACCUGCCUCUUUCUGCGGCAUCUGUGGCUUUAAACCCACAGCAGGCCGACUCAGCUCACAGGGCAUUGUUCCCAUUUACCGAGGUCAAAAAUGCGUGCUCUCAUCUCCUGGACCCAUGGCACGGGACGUGGAUAGUUUAGCUCUGUGCAUGCAGGCUCUGCUCUGUGACCACAUGUUUUCCUUGGACCCCACUGUUCCACCUUUACCCUUUAAUCUUCAGACAUACCAGAGCUCCAAGCCUCUCAGAAUCGGUUACUUUGAACACGAUGGGUACACGCAGCCUCCUCCGAGCAUGGUCCGCGGCCUCCGAGAGGUCAAAGCUCUGUUGGAGCAGGCUGGGCACACAGUGGUGCCUUAUGAACCUCUGAGGGUGAGUCAAGCUGUCAAUGAACUCAUCCUCAAGGGCGUGUUUGCAGAUGGAGCUGCCACCAUGCUACAAAAACUGAAGGGAGGGCCUCUGGAUCCCUGCCUCAAACCUCAGAUUGUUCUAUACUCCAUCCCUAACUGGUUGAAGAGAAUCCUCGUGUUCCUGCUGACGCCCUUUUCUACUCGCGUCCCUCCCAUUCUCAGCGCCCUCUGUGGAGUCAGUUCCCCUGCGGAGGUUUGGAAGCAGCAUGCUGCUGUGGAGGACUACAUUUCUGACACGAUAGCACACUGGAGGAAACGCAACAUUGAUGUGCUGCUCUGCCCCAUGAUUGGACCGGCCUUCAACUUCUUGUACUGCGGCAAACUCACGUGUCUCUCCAGCUUAACAAUGAUAUACAAUCUACUUAAUUUUCCGGCCGGUGCUGUCCCCGUAUCCACGGUGACGGCUCAAGACGAGGAGGAUCUUAAGCAUCUGAAGGGCCUUUAUCAGGACACCUGGGAGAAGAUGCACAAAGAGGCUGUCAGCGGCGCUGAGGGUCUGCCCGUGGCGGUGCAGUGCGUGGCCCUGCCGUGGCAGGAUGAGCUCUGCCUGCGCUUCAUGAAGGAGGUGGAACAGCUUGUCAAACACAAGAAAAACUAGACCAGCGCGCGGAUGUUCCGGAUCCAAAAGCUGGACGGCACGUCUUAAUCACACCACAGUGUUUGAUAAAGAUUCUGGUUUUUACAUGUGGUUUGUAAGGCAACAUCUGUUGAGCAGGUUUAGAAAGUUUAAAGAAAUAAAUCUAUAAUUAAAGCGAUUAACGUUUGCUUUAGAGUAUCUCAAUACUCUAGCUCGAACGGCAUGGUCAUUCUCCUUUAGAGUAAUGAAUGAACUGUCACUUUUUUAUUUUUGGAGCUAUAAAAGUCUACUCAGUCUGUUAAUAAAUCAUGUGCAACCACUGUUAAACACUAUUCACCCCCCCUUCAAAUAAAGUGUCACCGCUAAUUUUGA